AUUAAACGUCAAACUCAACAAAAGGUCAAACUUAGUACUAAUAUGAAAUUAAAUUUUUAAAAAAUCAAACUUUUCCGUCCGUAUACACACACGUAUGAAAAUUACUCAACUAUAGAAAGCAAGCUUAAGGUAGCUUCAUAAAUUCUAUCAAUUCAACAUGGGAUAGAACGACUUUAUUAUUGGAAAAUGCAUGUUUUAGGAAAAUAAAGAAAAUUCAGAAAAUAAUUAUAAACACUAGAAUUAUACAAUGACGUAAUUAUGCAUCCAUGGUUGUAAUUUAACACUGCAUGAUCAAAACAAUUCUUAGUUUGCGUUCUGUAAUCAUGGCGUGAACAGCUGUGCUCAUUUGCUUCCUUGUUCUGCACUGUAUAACUGCUCUUGAUGCACAGUGUAGCAAUAUAAACUAUACUACGAUCAGUGAUAUCCGACGCAAUACAUUGUACAAUGCUACUGAUGAUUUGUGCGAUCGUUAUUUGAUCCAAGAUGGGUUAUGGUACAGGUUUAAAAGUGUGGCUGGCAAUAACAUACCAGAGUUUUACUCAGGGAUAAAUCAUUGUGGAACUCAUGCCCCGAUAUGGAUGAAUGGGACACAUCCAACAACCAUUGGUGUAAAGGUGGACAGAAUUGCGUGUGCGCCAUAUUGGUGGUAUCCUCGUGGUGAAUGCUACAUUCAAUAUAACAUCAAAGUGAUAAACUGCGGAAGUUUUUUUCUGUAUCAGUUAAAGGAACCUUAUUACUGUAACUCUGCUUAUUGUACAAGUAGGUUUCGGUAGGAUUUGUUUACUGUUCUCUCCUAUUAUUUGGUUAAAUGUGCAUUGCCAUUGUCUUAGUGUGAUGAAAUGAGUGCUAUAAUAUUACAAAAAUACACAUAUUAUUUAAAGUUGGUACUAUUUAAAACACGACCACAAGUUAGUGUUUUGAAUAGCUUCAAACAUGACUACAAUAGAUGUCGUCUCAUUAGUAUUCUUUAGAUAAAGAAUACUAGUUAGGAUGGACUUUUAUAUAAAGAAUACUAAUGGGACGAGUUUUAUCAGGUAUAAAAAGCCUCGUCAUGUGACAUAUUAUGGUUUACAUGGUUUGCCGGUAAACGUAUGAAUUAUUAAUGAGUAUUUGAAUAUUAACUAAAAAAUAUAUUUAACUAAGGCAACUAAAUUCUAAAACAAAGAUCGAGGAAGAAAGCUUUUUACAAAACGAAUCAUAAGAUACCAUCCAUCACUUAAACCUCAUUAUAACUGAAACUUCCCUACAGGCUUGGGAACAAAAAAGCGGUUAAAGAACCCCUUAAAUUGUAACCAUUUAUUGUGUCUGAAUUUUGAAAAGUGUCAUACAGUCUAAUUGAUUGACCGUUUUGUACAUCAGCCUAGCUUUCAUUUGCGCCCUACGUUCGUCAAGCGAAUAUCCAUGACCAGCCCCUCCACGACGGCACGCGCCUGCGCGGGAGAACCGACUCUCGCGGUUCUCCCGCGCACGCGCGCGCCGUCGUGGAGGGGGGCAUUAGGGCAUUCCAAUUCUAAGCAACUCAAAGCCUGUGCGGAGGAGAGAGGGCGGAGGAGAGAGGGCGGAGGAGAGAGGGUGGCAGGUUCGAAACCCAGCCGCGGCGGACAGAGUUUCCUGCUCGCGCAGUCUGGAAAAUAUGAUAUAUCUCACUCAAGAACAUUUUCUCCUUGUCAUAUUACCGAAUAUAUAACAUAAUAUAACACUUGCAGAACUAUAGCUAGUAUUGUUCGAUGCUGAAAAUCGAUCUUGUAAUUUCGAAGAUCGCGGGUUCGAAACCCAAAGAUACAGAACCUCUGACAACCAGGGUAACUUCCCUGAAGAAUGCCAGAAGUUAUUUUUCUCUGAUCUAAAAGUAUAAUUUUUGAACUGACAUCUUUGUGUUCAAUGUGCGAAAUAUAAUAGCGUAUAAGCGCUCUUUAACAAUACGCGUUUUAUGCCGAAGAUGAUUCAUUGUAUAUAUAAAAUUAUAGGUCAGUAACAAUGAAUGUUGUGAUUUAUAUAGGCACAAAGCUGCUGAUUCAAAGAAAUUGUUCUUCUGAUGGCACAUCAUUUCCUAUUUGCCCUGGUAAGAAUCAAAUAACAUUUCCUCAAAAUAGAAACACGAAAGACAAGUCUCCUUCUGUGCAGGUCUAAAGGUACUGUUUAACAAACGGGCAGGAGUGUUUUAUUACGUACCCAAUAAAACACGUUAAAAAACUCAUUAAUAAUUCAUGAACUAGAAAACACAAAGAAAAAUCAUAAGCGUGUCGUAUCUGUAUAUGUGAUACAGAUUCAUGUUGAUUUACAUAAACUUUAACUUUGAUUUUCUCGGCUUAGACAACGUUUAUUUUUAAAAUUACUUCGCCAAUGAACUCAUACUAAUGAGGACACGACUAUAAUAGAUACUGCCUUAUUAUAGCAUUCUUUAUAUAAAGAAUACUAAUUAGGAGUGUCUUAUCAAAUUUAAAAGCCACUGCACAUGACAUAUUAUGGUUGACAUAAAUAAAUAGUUAACGCGUAUACGAAUUGACCGGAUGAUUCCUUUUGCAUAGAUGCCGUUCCCACUAUACCGAGGCCACAAGCACGACCGAAGGAUGAAGAUAGAGAAUAUGUAGCAUUACGAUGCAGCUGGGAUUAUUUCUACAACGCUUCACAUGUCGAGUUUCACGUACGAUGGUUCCGCGAUUCUAGCGACGUUUCACACGCAUUCGAACGUAAGUUCAAUGGAACUGCAGCACAAACAAACUACGAGAACUUGUAUGAGCAUAAAUUUUAUACUGAUAGAAGAACCGGUCGUCUUGUGCAAAAUCCCAGUGGUUAUGAAUGGAACAAAAAGGUGCCCAUAAUAUUUUGUCUAGUUCUAAUUACUAAUGGUUUUAACAGGUAUACUAAAUUAUUAUAGAAGAGCAUGCCAAGAAGUUAGUUCUCUCGCAUUUUUGCCAGCCUUGGGAUAUCAUGUUGCCAGAAAUGGCAGUAUGAUGCUGGUACUGAGUUUAUACUGUUAGUGAAUACCUAUAGGUUGAAAUUAUUUCCGAGAGAAAAAAAAAUGACAACCACUUUUCGAAUCGGUCUAUAUAUGUCAUCUAACUACCACAAUAUUAUUGAUCUACAGGCAUUCUGUAAAGUUCGAGGAAGGUUUCAUGGCAACAGAGAAUGGUCAAUGUGGAAAUCAAGCGAAACAAUUUUUACAGGCAUUGUGGUAAGUUUGAUUUUCUGAUUUAUUUAUGGGUCUACUACCUAACGGAGCCUUGGGGCAAUGCAUGCUGGUAUAGUUGGAUAUAAACAUUACCAGAAUAAAGGAGUAAAUUAAAGUAAUGAUAUACAGCAUUUCAAAUUAAGGUUGUCAUAGGGAAUUAUACAUUCCAACCGCAAACACCAAUGAGUAUACCAAAUUUCAAUAUUUUUAACUGCAUGUUACAGCUCCUUUUUGGUUUGACAAUUCCCAAGGGUAUAUAUAUAUUCAUGAUUUAUAAUAUAUUUCACCUUAUAUAAAAUACCUUAUUCGCAUUGUAUACUUUUAGCGCCCAGUUUAUGCAUAUAGCUAUCGCUUGCAGGCAAUUUUUAAUGGAAGUAGCUCUGAACAAUUUAUAAGAGUUGAUAACACUUAUUUGCUCGAUAAUAGCAGCGGCAAGAUUGCAUGAUAUAGCAUAGGUCUAUAGACAUCAGUUCGCGCGAUCGAUGUGAAAUAUUUCCGUAUCAGUCAUCUGGGCUAAUCAAUAUAUGUAUUUUAAAAACUGAUUUACUGAAUUCAAGUAUGACAAAUGCAUGCAUGAUAUCGUCUUAAAAGCAAACCUAGAAAAUAAUAGAGACAUAUCCAGCCAAUUCAAAAAAGGUUGUCCUUUGCAAACCGUAAGCUCUAAACCCUGAAUUCUAAGCGCGCAAAGCUUAAUGGGAGCACACGUUUCAAGCUUAGUAGUUGAAUAUUUAAAUUAUAUGUGAAUGAAUUGCUCUCGUAAGGAGAUAUUUACCAUGCAAGUCUGUAAGAAAAGGGCCCCAUAUAGGAUUUCUAUAAGGAUUAUAAGGACAGACUUAAACCAUAAGUAUAACAUGUCAUAUAGUUUCUUAAAAUGUUAAUGCUAUCAUUACUACUUACUUCAUCCUUCCUAUAAUAACACUGUCUGGCCUGGUUAUACCUAGUUACUAUAUAUCCUUCAAAGCUCUUUAGAAAAAGUAGUGUAUACCCCCACACAUGCAGAGAACGACGCUUUAAUUACACCUACGCUAACUUCAAACAUCGCUCCAAAAUUCUCAUGCAAGGAUACGAGACUGAUUUGUCUGCUGACAGGCAAACGCCAUACUAACCUCCCGACGAACGGCCAUCGCUAGAAACGUCGAAUUUUUCCUUGUACUUUUCACGUAGCUACAUUUCUACCAACUCAAGUUUUAUUAUUUAUACAAACCUGUUUCCCAAGGGUGACAUAAUAUACCAAUAACUGAUUUCCGGUGCACGGCCAUUUAAGGAACAGCAAAAUGAUAUACUGAUUACUUUUUGUCUGUUUAACAGGUGCAUCCAAGGACAGUUUAUCUCGACGAAUGUGCGGGUAAUAAAGAAGUGUCUGUGAGCUUAAGACCUAGUUUACCUAUCCGGAAAAAAUCCUUCAAAUUUGAGGUCGGAUACAACGGUAAAGAAAAUUUAGGGGGGAAAAUAUGUAUACGUGGCAAGAUAUCAAAUUUAAGAUGUUUAACCGAACUGACCGAAAGGCAUGUAUCUUAUCGACCAUUAUGGAUCAGAAUAACAGCAGUAUGCGAGACAAUAAAGCAACUUGGAACAACGCGUAAUAAUGUGGAAGUCAAAUUUCAUACGGCAGUCCUGCAUCCCGACAAUAAUCCUUUUUGGGCGUAUUACGAUUUUCUACCUAUUAAGGUAACAAUCUAUAAUUUAAUAAUUUAUUCUAUUUUCUUUCUAACCUUCGCCAGCCCACAGUAAGAGCUGCGUGUAAAUGGUAUCAGCGAUUGAAAUAAUGUUUCUGGUCAGGAGCAAAAUUUCAAAUUUUUCAAAGCUGCACAGGUUAAAUUGUUCAGUUGAUCUUUGUAUUGAAUAUUUAUUUCGAAUUAAAUUAAAUAAGUUGUUCAGUUAUAGUUACAGGAACCACUAAAAACUUUUAAAAAGGCGAACACUAUAUAUAUAGUCAUUUUCCAUUUAUUCCGCAAAAACGAAUUAAAUGUCCUUAUAUAAGCUAUGUAAAAAGGCAAAGGUGCAUGUGUGAAUUUGGGAAGGGAUUAGGUGCGCUAAUUUGAUACGCGUUAAUGUUGCGCACCUCGCAUGCAAUUUGGACAAUUUCUAUGUACACCAUUCCUUUUUCAUGCCAGGCAGUUCUUUCAUUUUUAGAUCUCACUGGGCUCGAGCAACUCAAAGCUUUGUCAAUCUACGACGGAUCCAAAUAUUGUGACAUUUGACGGCCGGUAAAUAUUUAACAAUUAUAUUCGCGGAAGGCUCAGUGAUUAUCGGGGAAUAUUCACCAAGACGAAGUCGAGGUGAAUAUUCCCCGAUAAUCACUGAGCCUUUUGUGGGUUUUUUUGGGACUGAAUUUAUAGUAACUUCCACAAAACGGCUAGCCAACAAUUUGCAAAUUUCGGUUUUUCUAUAUUCACCUGCAAGUGCAAGUCAUAAACCUUGUGGCAAAUCAUGUCAGCCAAAAUAUGAUACGUGGAGUGACUCGAUAUCUAAUAAAACUCAUUUUCAUUAGCAUUCUUUAUAUAAUUGUUCAUCCUAAUUAGUAUUCUUUUGUGGUCGUCAAAACACUCGAUGUCGUGUUUUAUCACAAAUAAAAUCACAGAUAAAACACACCUACUUGUGUUUUAAAUAGUGUAUAACAGCUUAAUACGUCAAAUUUGACCAAUUAACUUGUAGGAUUUGCUAUAAACAUGAUUUAUGUUUCUUUGUUAUUUCCGAGCCCGGGGCGAGGGUACUAAUUUCACCCGGCUAUUUGCUCCCGGGGAAAGGGAAUUAGCAUAAGCGAAGUCUGAACUUCAUAAAUGAUCGCGGGCGUCGGUCACCAACCGUGGUCCGUGUAUGGUCAUUCUCACUGAUCUCAAAAAUAUGGGUGUUUGCCUAGAGUGGGGUAAUUAAGAUUUCAAUUUUCAGAAGCAUAUAUUCGGAAAAUCGCGUUUCACACAAUGAACUUUGAAGCAAUUUUUGUUUGAAGAAAUGAAAAGAAUUGAUAUACUGUGGAAAAUCAUGAAAUAUAGGGCAAGUUUGCUUCGAAAGUUUAAUGUUUAUGAAUUUUAUUGCUUUAAUUUAAUGAAGCUGUAUUAAAGUUUGCUAAAUUACCCAGUUUAACCCAUUGAGUCGCAUUGCACCCUGAUGCACCCUACUUUAGUAUUUUACUCUGUCUAACGCCAGACGAUUUUACUCGUCAAGGGGAGAGCGGUGGCGCUUAAUGGGUUAACUGGCCUAUCUGCCCAUGUGUCUAGUUAACCCAUUGAGUCGCAUUGCACCCUGAUGCACCCUACUUUAGUAUUUUACUCCGUCUAACGCCAGACGAUUUUACUCGUCAAGGGGAGAGCGCUGGCGCUUAAUGGGUUAAUAAGUUAAGAAAAAAUGUAAUAAUAAAAUUUCAAUUUAUCGUGUUGUCAUAGCAACAUUGACGUAAACGAGAACCUGCGUUCAGCGUUGAUCAAUUACUAAUACUUCGUGUUAAAUAAAUGUUUGGAAAAUACAUGCAAAGGGUUGCUGCAUACAUGCAUGUAUUUCUAGUUAUUACUGAAUUAUCUGCGAUGACAUGCAUGUAUGUCAGGCUAGCAGUCUACGUCGAAGACCGGACAGUAUCAUGCAUGAGUAUCAUGUCACACCUUUUCGCUGUAGCUGGAAUCUCACUGCAUUGUUUUAAACCUGUUAUUUAGAUAUUACAAUCCUUAUCAGCAAGGAACAUUUCGUCUCUAUCGCAACAGAAACUCCGGGACUGAGGUAAACUUUACCGUCUAUGCAUAAUUGUAUUUAUCAUGGAUAGUUAUUAUAUACAUAUAUACAUAUACAUAUACAUAUAUACAUAUAUACAUAUUAUAAUUAAUUAAUUAAUUCUCCAAACAUUUGGUUUUUAUAUAUACAUAUACAUAUAUACAUAUAUACAUAUACACAUAUAUACAUAUUCAUAUAUAUUAGCCAACCAUAUUGCUUUAUUUUGCUCACAUGAUAAUACUGGAUACCUGACGAAGUACAUUGAUCCAGUCCUAGGACUGAAUCAAAAUUAAUUCAAUCCUUGGACUGAAUCCAAACUUCGCCUCGGACUUGAAAUCUAGUCCAGUCCUCGUAGUCGGAUUUGCAAUAUUACGUAAUGCUGCUAAAAAAUACACACACCCCUGCUAUGGAAAAUUUAUCUUUGCGAAAUUUUUUUGUUUACUCUACAUUAUAAGUACCCAAACAAUCUAUAUUUAUCAAAAAUAUCAUGACAUGAACGGAUUUGUAAAAUUGAGAGCCGUUUCAAAAUUGUCUGCUGUUUUCUGAUACACCCUGCAUGUAUAGUCUGUUCUGGUAGUAUGAUUACACGCUAUAAGACAUGAGCAGCCGAUGUUUAUGGACUUUAUGGGCAUUAAUAACAUGCUGAAAUUAAGUAAAAUGAAUGUAUUCGAUAUAUUAGUACAGGGAUGGAUCCAGCAUGGUCUGGUAGGGGGGGUGCUCUGCCAAAAAAAGUUUUCGGAAAGCAACAACCUCCCCCCCCCCAUCGACAACUUUUUAGGGAAAAAAAUUUUCCGGACGAGUACGUUGCAAUUGCUUACCAGUGACUUUACACAUCCAUCAACUUGCUUAUUAAAACUACUGCAAAGUCUAGCUACAGUAUUUGAAUUGUAAUUAUUGUUCACAGCUCGCUUAUCAUCAUGUUAUUACUCAAAUUACUGAAUCUCAUUUUGUCUCUGAUAAUUUUUUGCUUUAUCAUGAAAAAUAGCACCCCCUCUGCACCCCUCCUGGCCAGGGCUAGGGGGGGUGUGCACCCCCCUGCACCCCCCCAGUAAAUCCAUCCCUGUAUUAGUAUAUCAUGGAGCAUGAAAUCUCGCAUCUCAUUGACUUUACGUUUCUUAUGUAAAUCUGAUUUUGAUCAUGUGUGCAAAUUUUUAACUAUACGCACAGUAAUGCUGUAGACUCCACCAAAGCUGUAUGCACGGUUUCGCCUGGAAAAGGAAAUUCAGAUUCAUAUCCGAAAACCUACAACUUUCGCCAUGAAAUUCAUUGUUUUAUUUAUAAAACAACAUUUGUGAUAUUUAAUCAGUUUUUAACCAUGUGAUUUAGUUAUAACUUUUGUCGUUUAUGGUACAUUUCUCUAAGUAUGUUCUUAAUUACUUAAAGGGGCGUACAGUAAUUUUUUAGUCGAAAAUCCAUCUUAAGUUUUGUUUACAUUUUUUGUUAUUAUCGCUACUUGACAUGCGCAACACGGCAUGCAUGCGUCUUCUGGUGUGCGGAAGUACUCAUACUCAUGGAUACUGCAUACACACACAUACAUACACAAUACUUUAUUUUGACACGCCAGCCUCAUCAACGUCAGCUGUUUUUCAUGAGGGGCGUGUUAACUAACUAAUUACACAAAUAAUAUAUACAAAUUAAAGUUACAUGAAGCAUACAAAGAUUAACAGGUAGACAAAAAUAUAUAAAAGAAACAAAUAAAUAUUAUUGAGGACAGGUCAGCUUCACCUCGCCGUAGAUUUUAUAAUUCUCUUGAAUGAAUGAACGGAAUCAGCGCUUUUUGCUGCAAUAGACAGAUUAUUCAAUAGCUCCGUUGUAUUUAAAACUUCUUUUAAGAAAUUCUUUCUUUGGUUUUGGUAAUACUAGAUCAGUUUCACGUUUCCUAAGAUCAUAAGGGGAAUCGCCUUCACUGCAUUGUCGAAAUAGCAUGUAAGAUGCAUGCAUGCAUGCACGAAUCUCCUUGGAGUCCCCUACUUAAGGUGGCUUUUCGACUAAAAAAAAUGACUGUAGGACCCUUUAAUAUGUCAGUUAGAUCUCAUUCAUGUGAACACUUUUCCAAAAUUAUAACCACUCUUUUUGUUGCAGGUACAAACAAGGCUCAAUACAUGUUGCAACUGUGGAGUAGCUAUUAGAGAAGGAUAUUAUUUCAAAAUUGUGGAAUUGUGUUCCAGUAUUGCGGCGGGAGAUCCGGUUAAAAUAGCAAAAACCAGACACACUCCUGAUAUGGCGAAAUAUGGUUUUUAUACAGAAGAACCACUGGAAAAAUUUACGUUAGGCAAGAAAAUGAUAGUGAGUUACACUGUUUGCUGUUGAACCCGUAAUCCAUAUGUAUAGGUUAAUAUAAGUAGGGUAUCAAUGGCAACUAUAUCACAAAGUAUAUAGAAAUAUGGCCAGCUUAGAAACCGGGGAACCGCUUGUAGGAAAGUUGGAUAAGAUAUCCGAUGGAUAAGUCUCACCCGAAGAAUAAAUUCGCUAUCGAUUGGACAAAAGUGCGCUGUACAAAGCACGGAUAUCAGGGUGAAUAGCUAUCCGACGGAUAAGCUGAAUUUUCGACACUAUUUUUUUUUUAUUUUAAUUACGGAAUAUAAAAAGCAAUACCAAAUGACAAAAUUCAGUGGCCCGGCGAUUUUCUCAAAAUAUGCUUACAGUCGAUUUCACGAAACUUUGACCACAAAUGUUCCGAACUUCGUUGCGAAGUUCGCAAGUUCGUUGCGAAGUUCGGAAGCUCAUAUUGGAAUUCACAAGCCAAUUUGUAAACAAAGUCCCUGAUUGGUCCGUGAAGUAAAAGAGGCCAAUCAUAUGCGUAGUUUACAAACUGGUUUGUGAACCUCAUUAUGAACUUUUGAACUUCGCAACAAUCUUGUGAACUUCGCAACGAAGUUCGGAAAAUUUGUCGUCAAAGUUUCGUGAAAUCGACUGUAAUAAAACUUUUGAACACACUUUAACACACAUAAAAUAAAAUACUGCACAUAUCAUAUUUAGAUACAUUGUUUUGUAUAAUAGGUCCAUUUGCCAUCUGGAAUAACGGUUACUAUUGGACGAAGUGGAUUUAGAGACGAUUCUUUAGACAUUAUAAUAAGUGCACCUGAACCCAAUGAUCAAAGGGGUCCAGAUACGCAUAGCGAAGGCCUGUGUGGUAACUUUAAUGGUGACCCGGACGAUGACUUCGAAGGACGGUCAUAUUGGGAAUUUUCCCAGCGUCACAGGUAAAAUUUGGAGUUUACGAGCGACAUUUUCCCGUAAAAUACGAACUCGAAUAGCUAAAUAGAAAAAUUAAUGACGUUGAUUGGACAACUAAAUUUUGAUGUUAAGCGCAACAAGUCACAAACUUUGUUUCAUUUCUUUUAGAAUUCAAAGUGGUUCUGCUGAAGAUAUAUUCGCAUAUAAAGGAAACGAUACAGAAUACCAAGAACUGUAUGAUGCGUGCCUGAACGAACACGUAUGUAUUUGUAAAAGUGGAUCUAAAACAGACGAACGAUACGAGUGUGACAUGCCCGGGGUAAUCAAAGAAUGCUCUCCACUAGAACAGAAUGGCCAAUUUUCCGAGGGUAAGAAACAAAAAUACCAGCACUGUGUAAUCGCAUCUAUAUCAUAACGUUAAGAGUUCGGGCGCUUUCAUUGGUC